AUGAUCCAAACCCAUACCAACACUCCUGUCAAUACAAAUUCAGCCCAUGCGAACUCUCCAGCUGGUACAAAUGAACAGAUCUCGCAUACACACUCGGUACUAGAGGGCAUAGUAGUAUCAGAAGCUGAUACAGUAGACACAGCGAUGAUAACGAGAAAAGCAGUACAACCAGCGCAACGGGGAGGACCUGUUAGAUUUGUACGUCAAAGACAGGCGAAAGGGGCUCUUGCGAAACACGUACAUUGGCGAACUGAACAUAUGCGUGAACUUAAUGAGCGGCUCAGACAUGUGCUCGAUAAGCCUGCGUUAACGGAGAGUGAGCAGGCGCAGGUACAGGCGGAUGUGGAGAUGGAGAAGGAGGUUGCAUCUCGCGAUGUGGCCGAGCAGAUAGCGCGGAUGAAGCAGAGGCUUAUUUCGGCAUGUGAGAAAAAAUCGAGCUUAAUCCGGGAGCAGCAUGGAGUGUCGGGGCGGAAAGUACAAUUGGAAUGGCAACGAGGUGAAGCGUUGAAGAAUACGGUCAAGUUAGUAGACAAAUGCGCGCAGGUACAGGACGACAACGAACGCAUGCAGGUGUGUUUUGGGCUAUUGAUAUGCGAUGUAAACAUCUCCUCUAUGUUGUAUGUUUGUUUCUGGUUAUAA